AUGAACUCGAGGACGCCGUGCGUGGUCCUCUACGCAGUGUCGCUGGUGGUGUGCGCGCUGGUGAUUUUCUCCCUUAACAGGUACGAGAGGCAAGGGGUGCCGCUCCACAAGCUGAGCAGCACCUCUGCGUUGGUGCAGGAGGUUUGCAAUGCGGACGGGAGGGGGAAGCCAAAGGGGGGAAGGCAAAACAGGUCUAUCGAGAAGGUCUCCCACUUGAGACUAAACCUCUUCAUCAUAUUGACAGAUGGAGAGGGAGGCACCGAUUCGUUGGGGGAAAUACUGCAGGAAUAUUUUUUGAGCCAAAUUGAGUUUGAGUGGAGAGAUAAGCCAGUUGCACAGAGCCUCUCCGAUGUGAAGGAGCUCUUUUACGUGAACCCACUCCUCAUUAAUAAAGAGCAGAUGAGAAGUGACACCUCGGGGGAAUUGGCCAAUGCAUGUUUGGGAAGCCCCCCCGAGAAGGGAGGUGUCCAUGAUACGCUAAGCAAUAGGUACUUCAUAUGUUUAAGUGAAAACCGAGAGGAGAAAGACACCAGCGUUGCUUUCACGCUGAAGAGGAACAACGCCAUCCAUGUGAAGUUCAGCCAAGGGGGAGGGGGAGAGAACCACCCCAACGAGCACUAUCACCUCCUGGCAGAAGAAACCUGGAGGGUGGUAAAACGGGUCUUUUUUUUUAAGCCCGCAAAUCGGUCCCUUUUUUUCAGCCCCGAAUUGGACUUGAAUUUUUACCUGGCCAGCAGUUUGUACAACGAGGGGAAUUACAAAAGAGGGCGGCACGGCAAAGGCGGUGAGGGGAGCAGAAGUGGAGGAGAGACGAAGGACCCCCGGAGUGAUGCUCCAAAGGAAGGCGGUCCAAACGGAUGCGGUUCAAACGAAGGCGGUCCAAAGGAAGGCGGUCCAAACGAGGCCGCUUCAAACCAAUCCGCUUCAAACCAGUCCGCUCCCAACCAAUCCGCUCCACACCCCAACGUCGCCACGUGGGACUUCCACAACCAGGUGUACUACCCCUACCUGAGGAACUUCACCGAGCAGCUGCUGAACGUCUUCCAAAUAAACGUGCACUCGCAAAUCAUCGCCAACGUAGAUUUGUUUAAAAUUUCGGAGAAGGUGAAGGAGGCGGGAGGCAAGCGGGUGAUCAUCCUCGAUAGGGCAAACAAACUGACGAGCGUUUUUGAUGAAGUCACUUUUGGGGACAUUCUGAGCAAGCCAACGUACCACAUUCCGAAGAGCAUCAACUUGAUGGCUGUCUUCCCCAGUGGAGGUGAAAUCCAUUUUUACAAUCCACCCACGGGGAGGCUCGAAACGACUGUCUCCUUUGCAGAGUGGGGCGUCGUACAUGUAAAUAAUUCGCUCCAACGGGGGGACACUUCGCAGAAGAAGCAGGGGGAAAAGAAAGAAAGAAAAAAGGAGUUAACCGACGUGUCAGAGGAGGCUCCCCUGAUUAGCGGCUUGUUCAUUUCCCAUUUGAGGCAACUGUUAGGACUAGUACCCAACUUUUUUAAUUACAUCUACACCAUCUUCGAUGUAGAGGAGUAUACUGUGCAGUACGUGCGGAGUGAAUCCACCGAUGAGGGCAACUCCUUUUUGUAUUCCAUUCGGAGAGAGGAUAACCUCGUGUUUUCCUUUUCCUACGAGACCCCUAUGAGGAGUGGUAUUUUUCGCUUCGAGAUUUUGGCCCUCAUGCGGGAGGCUUACAUCUACUACGUGGUGGAAUCGCUGACGAAUUUGGGCAAGUUCGUGUCUCUAACGAAAGUGAGCAUUUAUUUUAGAGUGCCCCCGCACGCUCUUCACGUUUUUAAUGAUACCCUGGAGAAGGUUAAAUGUAGUUUGGAUCUCAUGCGAGGAGCGGAUGGCUGCAAAAUUUCCCACUUGGGAAGGUCCGUUCGGGAGGUUUUGCAGUCGUACGGUGGGAAGGACCAAGCGAAGAGUGGCGGUGGCACCAGUGGAGGUACCCACGAAGGGGGGGGAGAGGAUAACCGGCGCGCAGAGGCAGCUCUGCUGCGGGAAACGUACUUCAGGGCGGCGAUCAUCUUGGCGCAGAGCGCGUACCAGGAUUCCUUGCAGCUCCUGAGCGACGACGCCUUCUCCAUUUACGACAUCCUUUCGAAGGACUUCCUGCUGGCCUCCGUGCUCCCCGUGCUCAUUCCCUAUGCAAUCCCCGUCACGUUUUCGCUCUUCAGGGAGCUAUUUAGAAGCAUCAAACUGGCGAAGGAGAAGCGGAAGGUGGACUGA